AACUCCAUUGAAAAGAAUGACACAUGGAAAUUGGUACCUCUCCCAGACAAGAAGAAGCCAAUAACAGUCAAAUGGGUGUACAAAGUGAAGCAUCUACCUGAUGGAUCAAUAGCAAAAUACAAGGCAAGGCUUGUAGCAAAGGGAUUUUCGCAAAAACCUGGCAUUGACUUCACAGAAAUCUUUGCACCAGUUGCAAGAUUAGAAACUAUGAGAGUAGUGGUAGCUAUAGCAAAUAGAUUAAGCUGGGAUAUUGUUCAACUUGAUGUCAAGUCUGCAUUCCUUAAUGGCAAACUUGGGAAGGAAGUAUAUGUUGAACAACCACAAGGUUUUGUAAUCAAAGGGCAAGAAGAUAAAGUGAUGCUCAACAAAGCCUUGUAUGGCUUAAAACAAGCACCAAGAGC